UCUCCCUUUUAGCCAAUUUAGACUCACCUGGACCCAGUCAGAGCUCUGCAUCCCGGGGAGCAGACAGGUCUGGUGUGUUGGAGAGAAAGGAUGGCGUUUGCUGCUCUAGGAGACGAGCUGAGCUGCUCCAUCUGCCUGAACCUUUAUACGGAGCCGGUGUCACUGAGAUGUGGACACAACUUCUGCCGGGAUUGUAUUGUGACUUCUCUGGAUACACAGGAGGGGUCCGGAGUUUAUUCCUGUCCGGAGUGCAGAGAGGAGUAUGUAGAGCGCCCCACUCUGGAGAAGAACAGGAAGUUGUGUAACAUUGUGGAGAACUUCAGAUCUACACAACAAAAGGAGGAGAAAAGUGAGAUCCUCUGUACGUAUUGUGUGGAUUCUCCAGUGGGAGCCGUCAAGACUUGUCUACAUUGUGAGACUUCUAUGUGUGAUAAACACCUGACAGCCCACAACAAGGCAGUGGAGCAUGUGUUGGUGGAACCGACUUCAUCCUUCAGUAAUAAAAAAUGCUCCAUCCACAAGAAGCUUCUGGAGUAUUACUGCUCCGAGGACGCAGUCUGUCUAUGUGUGUCCUGCUGUCUGGUGGGGGAACAUAAAGGACAUGAAGUGGAACUUCUAGAAGAGGCUUUGGGGAAGAAGAAGAAGAAGGAGAAAGUAAAUGUUCUGGAAAAUAUGAUUACAAAGAGAAAGAUUGCUGAAAAGGAAAUUCAUAAUCUACAGGAACACAAGAGGAAAACUCAAGAAAAAGCCGAUGAUGAGAAGAAGAGAGUCACUGACCUGUAUGAGGAAAUCAGGAGACAGCUGGAGGUCCAGGAACAGCGAGUCCUGAGUGAGAUCUCCAGACAGGUAGAGGAGGUCUCACAAUCCGUCAAUGAUCUCCUCAAACAGUUGGAGAUUCAGAAGGACGAAUUGUGCAGGAAAAUUGGUCACGUUGAGAAGUUGUGUAACAUGACCGAUAAUGACCCAAUAAGUGUCCUACAAGAUCAUAAAUCGGAUAUGGAAGAAGUCCUUCAAGAUCAGAAAUCGGACACAGGUGACCAGAAUGUGGAGGAAUCUUAUGUUUGUGAUCUGGAUGAUUUUAUGAUCUCUCUUGUGUUGCACAGAUCUAUAACUGAUCUUAUCACUAAUAUGCAAUUACAAACCAAAUUCAAUACACAAGAUGCAACCAAUCUACUAUUGGAUAUAAAAACUGCCAGUAACCUUGUGGCUUUAUCUGAUGACCUGAGGACAGCUUUGCACUCUGAAACAUAUACGUUUAGACCAUCAUUACCACAAAGAUUUACAGAGUACCCUCAGGUGAUGAGUGUGGAAAGCUUUUCCCAUGGGAGACAUUACUGGGAAGUAGAGGUGGGUGGCUGUGGGGGAUGGGAUGUGGGUGUUUGCUAUCCCAGUAUAAAGAGAUGUGGAGAGCAGUCUGGUUUUGGGUGUAAUAAGAAGUCUUGGUGUUUCUGCACAACUGAAGAUAAACCCGUGUCUCUCGAAGAAUUGCGGAGUCAGCCGGUUUACCCCGAGCCUCCUGUACAGAGAUUGGGAAUAUAUUUGGAUUAUGAAGGUGGCCGUCUUUCCUACUACCAGUUGAGUGACCCCAUCAGACACCUCCACACCUUCAGAGCCACCUUCACCGAACCCCUCCAUGCUGCUUUCUAUAUUGAUGAUGGAGCCUGGGCAAAGGUUGCAUCUCCAGUGUUUUCUAUAAAACCAUAAUUUUGCAACAUAUAUGUUUUUUUUUUGUGUUUUUUAUUUUUUUUCCUAUAAUUAAUUUUUUUUGUCAUGGAUACAAAUCACAAGAGGGUGAUCUCAUCUUGGAAAUAGACUAAGUGGGACAAUUCAAGGAAGCACUAAUUAAAGAACAUAAACCAGUGUUACGCAAAAGAGGUCCUGACACCAUUCAGAAUGAUAUGUGUUCAUAUCCCCUUCUGUGAAUUUUUUAUCUGAUCUCUAGUUUUUCUGGGAUAAUAAAGCGGUACCUAGAGGAGCUGCACAAUUAUUCAUCAAGAAUCACAAUUUCUUUUUUUUUUUUUAUUUCCCCCGAUCUUUCAUUUCCGAGAAUUCUCACUGCUCUGCUGAAACCACAGCCGUAAAAUCCAGGCAGUCUGCCAAGUAUCACAACAUUCUUUAUCAGUGUUAAGUCUAAACAUUGUAACAAAUUGUCCUUU